GGGCGGGACACAGAGAAAGUCUGGUCCAGUUAAAAGGGCUGAGCACCGGUCAGGGGCCAUCUCUUGGGUGGAGUCUCUUCUGAACAGUUCGUGCUGCAGGAUCACCCUCUAGCUUCAGUCAUGGCCGGUCUUGAAGCCAGCAACCUCAAUCUGCAACCAGGACAGAGCAUCUGUGUGCGAGGCGGGGUGGCCCCUGAUGCCAAGAGCUUCGUGCUGAACCUGGGCCAAGACAGCAACAACUUGUGCCUGCACUUCAACCCCCGCUUCAACUGCCACGGGGACGCCAACACCAUCGUGUGCAACAGCAAGGAGAACAGCGUCUGGGGCAAGGAGCACCGGGAGCAAGCCUUUCCCUUCCAGCCGGGCAGCGACGUGGAGGUGUCCAUCACCUUCGACAAGGCCGAGCUGACCAUCAAGCUGCCCGAUGGGUACACGUUCAAGUUCCCCAACCGCCUCAAUCUGGAGGCCAUCAACUACCUGUCAGCCAAUGGCGAAUUCAAGAUUAAAGCUGUGACCUUCGAGUGAAGCCUGCAGGCUCAAGGUGUCCCAAUAAAGGCAGUUGCCUGUGUGCCCCCUGAA